AUGAUUCAAAAACUGUAUCUCAUCGAACGAUUACGAUCCUGUAAAAUAUCUACCCUUAAUGAUCUUGCAAUAUUAACUGGAUCCCCCAUAAUAUCAACCAAUAAAUCUUGUCGAAUUGAAGGAUUAACAGCAGGAUAUUAUUUUUAUUUGAAUCAUUAUCAUAAAUUCUUAUCAACUCAAAAACAAAGAACAACAUUAUCAAUUGAUGUUGGAAUAAAAAAUUUCUCAUAUUGUAAAUCAAAAUCAUCAAAAUCAACAUCAUCAUCAACAUUAACAACAUCCAAUUUCCCCAUAAUAAUUACUAAAUGGGAUAAACUCAAUUUAGAUACUCAAUAUGGUGGUGAUAAUUAUUCCCUGAUAUUACAUAAGGAUUCUAUCCUUGACAAUAAACGAUAUUUGAAUCAAUUAACUAAAUCACUUGUAAAUGAAUUACAACCAAAUGAAUAUGAUGUAGUGAUUAUGGAAAUCCAAAGAACGAGAUCAGCAGGAAAUACUAGUACUUUACCUACAGUAUUAUUGAAUUAUACAUUAGAGAAUUUAAUUUUUGGAAAUAUUUAUCCUCAAAUUGUUAUACCAAUGACUUCAUUUAAAAUGACAAAUUUUUGGUUACAUAGAUUCAUAACUAGAUCAACCACUAAUACCAAACAAUUAAAAUCAAAUAAUAAUAAUAAAGGCAUUAGAUUUGAAUUGAUGAAAUUAUGGUUGAAUAAAUUAUUUAUAUUACCAAAAUAUCCCCAAAAUGAAUUAACAAAAUUGGAUUUAUUAAAAUAUUUAAAACUUGAUAAAUCAGAAAAAAUUGAUGAUUUAAUCGAUAGUUUAUUAUAUAAUUUAACAAUUAAUCGUCAAUUUCAACAUUUGGCAGAAUUUCAUCAAUUAAUGGUAUCUAAUAAUGGAGAUAUCGCUCAAUUUGUUCAUGAUAAGAAUAAAUAUCAUUUGCAAUUGAUUCAACCGAUAAUUGAUAAAUAUGAAUUGGAAUUAAAACCUGGGAGUAUAGACUGA